GUCACGAGGAAUCGGUGACGUGAGUGCUUGCGGAAGCAGAGCGUGGAAUGUUGGUACAUUGUUGUUGUUUUGUAGUUGAUUUAGUACGAGGAUACAACGCUGCUGUCUGCUGGACGCUUUAUACCCACUGUGUCAAGUUACUCCGCCGCCUGGAUCGGAAACCUACUCCGACACUUUUUACGCACCACGGCCCAGAGAUAUCCGCGUCCACAGAGCGUGUCUUCUGUGAGAUUCUGGCCAGUUGUCUGCAUGCAGGGAAUGACGACUCAUUUUAAGACGAGCAAAGCUUUAAAGGUCAAGAAGGAGGUGGGUGAGAAUGCCCCUGCGGUCAGCGACGAUGAGUUGGUGGCCAUGUCCGUGCGGGAGCUCAACCAGCACCUGCGUGGGCUGACUAAAGAUGAUGUUGCAAAGUUGAAGCAGCGACGACGGACCCUGAAAAACCGGGGCUACGCUGCCAGCUGCCGCAUCAAACGGGUCACCCAGAAGGAGGAAUUGGAGAGACAAAAGACAGAGCUGCAGCAUGAGGUGGACAAACUGGCCCGUGAGAAUGCUAGCAUGAGGUUGGAGCUGGAUGCCCUGCGAGCCAAGUAUGAGGCCCUGCAAUGUUUUGCCCGGUCUGUGACCCGCGGGCCCCUCUCUCCAGGCAAGGUGGCCACCACCAGCGUCAUCACCAUUGUCAAGUCCGCCAACCACAGCAACUCCAGCCCGUCCCCGUUCUCAACUCUCUCCUAGUGUUGACAGGACUGGGCUCUCCUUCUGCCUGGUCCUUCCCGGUUCCAACCCAGCCUGAACCCACUAAUCCUGUUCUGAAAAGACCUUCAGUAGUAAGACUGAGGGAUGGAACAUGAUGGCAAGCUCUAUGUGAUGUUAUGCUGCAUUCACAACUCUGUCUUCCUACUUCUGUCUCUCUUACACAAUCUACAUUGUCUGUGCACUGUGCAACCCCCCCCUCCCGACCAUGCACCGGCAGGGUACUGGGCCUCUGUGACCCUUCUUCCAUGACUGUUAGCAGAGAUUUGCUUUUUACUCCAGUGUAAAAAAGUAUUAGACAUGCCUUAACGUGGCAGCAUUGGCCUGGGACUGCUUUUAUGCUAUUGAGCAUACAACUUGAGAUUUAAUUUGUACAUACUGUAUGUGACAGUAAAGCUAUUUGUAAAGCCUAUGUCACAUCCCACUUUCUGUACGUAGAAGUGUCUCAAUGUAAAUUGAGCCUUUAAAACAUUUGCCUUAAAAUGAUCAGUAAAAGUUCUUAUAGAAUACUGACAUGUUGUUUAACACAAAGACAAGGAUUUAUUGUUCCAGCCUUGAGGUUAGGUGGACGCCCAUUGUAGCCAAUUACCAGAGAUCUCCAAACAGUUGCCUUUAGGAGAAGCCACACAGAAUUUUCACUGAUUAACUUGUCUUCUCUUUUGGAAGGUUAGAAGCCAUAAAAUCACCUGUUGUAGUGUUUCUUUGGAGUUUAAACCUGCCUACACAUGGCUCUCCAUGGCCUGUUUGGAGAGCACUGCAUUAUGCAGUUUGAUAACUGGCCAGUGUUUAACUAAAGGCCUCUACUCGUGAUGAGCUAUUGUAUAUAUUUCAGUCUUGGUUAUGCAACAUUUCACUCGGUGGUCAAGCUAAAUAGCUGUUUUCGUGUGUAGGAAAAGUAAUGCCAGAGAACAGCAGUCAGUACAAUCCAGUAAAGGCUUCCAAACUGAUGGUGUUCUAAUUUAGGAGUUUUGAAGUAACAUUUAUUUACUUGUAUUUUAAAAGUUUAAAAUUCAAUCAUUAGGCAAGAUUUUGUUUGCAAGCCUUUGCUAGACUAUGUAGACUCCACUUUUAAAAUAUUAUUACAAUAUGGAUAUUUUAGCCUUUUUUUGCCUAUUGGCAACUGCAAAUAGAUGUAAUAAAAAAACAUUUCUCAUAUAUACAGUGUCUAAAUCAGGUAACUGAGCUUUUCAAGAAUUUAAUUUGCUGUCAUUAGGGCUCAUCCAUGGAACGCUUGAAAUGUGCUAGUACUUUGUGUUUUAAAUUGUUGGUUUUGUCAGUGGGGCUGAAAAGUGUAUAGUUAGCUCUGUUGUUUAAGGUGUUCGACAAGUGCUGCAAUGUCAUUAUGUUGGUAUCUUAAUGUCCCUUUGACUAGAAAAAGUAUUCAUCUAAUAUUUUAAAAUGCAAAUGAAUGAAUACUUGUUUUCCGCAGAUUGAAAUGAUAUUUGAUUGAACAGGUAGAUUUGGGAAGAGUAAAUGUAGAGUUAGAAAGUGAUCUUUAAGCCAGAUUUGUUUGGAUUUGAUAAUGGCCAGAGUCUGUCAUUAUAUAGCACUUAAGACAACUUUUAAGAUGCAGUAUAAAA